AUGGUGGACCAACUGAGUGUCAUCAACAACCGAAUUAUCAUCGGCCUCGUCGUCCUCACCGUGGAAAUCAUCCUCGUCAUUUUUGUUUCGCUUGCUCCAGAUACAUUCGACUCCUCUGCAGAGAAAACUUCCAAAUUGGAAGAAAGUGACUUGAAAGGUUCUUGUGAGCAAGAGGUCAACUGUCGUCUGCCGGAAUGUUACUGUAGUACAUUUGAACACCAAAUGAAACGACGCGAUAUUCCCCAAAUGGUGUACUUUGGGUUUGAUGAUGGUAUGACCGCUGACGCAGCCAAACAUUAUCGUUACUUGUUUCGGCCUCAACGCAGAAACCCUAACGGUUGUCCCAUCGCCGCCACAUUGUUUGUGGCAGACAAGUUCACGGACUACAACGUGCUAGGGGAUCUGUAUAGGCACGGAUUCGAGCUGGCGGUACACAGUAUGUCACAUAAGAAUCUUAAAACUGGAGAGGAUGUCAGGAGAGAAGCGAAAGAAGAACGUGAUAAAAUCUCUUCGCUUACUGGUGUUCCGAUAGAAGAUAUUGUUGGCUGGCGAAGUCCUAACCUCAUCACAGCUGGGGACGCCCAAGACAGUGUCUUAAAGGAGCUCGGGUUCGAGUAUGACAUUUCAUUAACAUAUGUUAGGUCGCAAAUGAAUGAUAGUGAACCGUGGCCAUUUACGCUUGAUUAUCCUUGGCCUUUCAGAUGUCAUAUCCCAACGUGUCCUAAACACACACACAGAGGUCUGUGGGAAGUUCCUGUCAACUCUAUGAGGGAUUAUAAAGACGAAUUUGCGUGUGUUUAUGUUGACGGAUGUCUUAAUAGACCGACCUCCGUGGACGAAGCUUAUCGUUAUAUCAUGGACAACUUCCAUGACAAUUACUAUGGAAACCGCGCUCCUUUUGGAUUCAACAUGCAUUACGCUUGGCUGUUAGUCCCUGAUAAUAUGAAAGCUAUGGACAAAGCAAUGACCGACAUAUUGUUAUAUAACGAUGUCUACAUUGUUAGCGUCAAGAACGUGAUCGAAUGGAUGAAGACACCGACAUCACUUCUGAACAUUUCUACAUUUGAUCCCUGGAAUUGUUGA